AUGGUGAAGGAAGGCGUGGAACCGCGUGUGGUAUCGCAGGGGAAUAAAAUCAUUCUCAUCCUGGACAGCCUGUUUGAGCAGAGGUACAUCGACACUUCAUGGAAGUCGAAGCAAGGUGUGCAGGUCAGGAACGUUCUGGCCUCAUCCCAGCUCAUUCAGACUCAGCUAGCCACUGUUUGGAACCUGGCAGAUGUGGACAAGGACGGCCAGCUGACAGGGGAGGAGUUCAUCCUGGCUAUGCACCUGGUGGACAUGGCGAAGGCCGGACAGCCGCUGCCCCUCACGCUUCCCGGGGACCUGGUGCCCCCCUCCGUCAGAACGGGGAAGCAGGGGGAAUUGCUUCCUUUGAAUCGCACCAUCGUCCCUGAAGAAAUUCAAGUUGAACCACCCCAGAAGACAAAGAGUAAUGUUUCGUUCGAGGACAAGCUAAAGGAGAACUUCCAGCGGGGAAACGCUGAGCUGGAGAGGCGGCGGCAGGUCUUACAGGAGCAGGAGCGGCGCGAGCAAGAGAGGCGGGCCCAGAAGGCCCGGGAGGAGCAGGAGCGGCAUGAGCAGGAGGCGCGGGAGCAGGAGAGGAGGCGGCAACAGGAGCAGGAGCGGCGGCUGGAGAGGCAACGCGAGCUGGAAUGGCAGAAGGAGGAAGAGCGCUUAAAGGAGCUGGAACGCAAGGAGGCUGCUAAGCAGGAGCUGGAGCGUCAGAGGAAGAUGGAGUGGGAGCGGAGGAGGCGACAGGAGCUGCUGAAUCAGAGGAACCAAGAACAAGAGGACAUCAUCAAGCUUAAGGCCAAGAAGAGGAGCUUGGAGCUGGAGCUGGAGGCUGUGAGAGACAAGCACAAGCAGAUCUCUGACCGACUCAGGGACGUCCAGAGCAAGAGGAGCAUCCAGAAGGGAGAGCUGGAACUGAUCAGUCAGAAGCAGGACAGCUGCCUGCUGGAGGUCAACGCCCUGCAGCGGCAGCUUGAGGAGGGGCAGAGGAAACAUUCUCAGCUGAUUGUGGAGCAGCAGAGAUGCAAGGAGAUCCUAUGCAACAUGGGGCUGAACAGUAGGUCUGGUCCGACACUUUCCUCCGUAAAGAGGGGCGUGACUGAGAAGGACAUCGUCUGUCGGAAACUCAAGGAGCAGCUGGAUGUGCUGGAGAAGGAUACCGUGGCAAAACUGUCGGAGAUGGACCAGUACAACGUGGACAUCAAGGAGCUCCGGGAAAGCCAGACCAAGCAGCAGCAGGUCCUGGACAGACUGCGGCAGGUCAAGGCCGACAAGCUAUGUGACCUGCAGCGGAGGCGAGAACUGGAGUUGGAGAGGAGGAAGAGAGAGGAGGAGGAGGCGGUCAGGCAAGCCAAGCUGGAGAAAGAGCGGCAGUGGCGUGUGAAGUUGGAGCGGGAGGAGGAGGAGCGGCGGAGGAGGAUCCAGGAGGAGCGGGAGGCCAAGCUGAAGGAGGAGGAAGAACGUGAGCGUGAACUCCGGGCCAAACUGCGCGCCGCUCAGGAGCAGGCUGAGCGGAACCGCCGGGCCGCUGGAGAGGAGGAGGCAGGAGGAAGCCCAGAAGAGGGAGGAGAGAAGAGGAUAGAGGAGGAGAGGCGGCGAGAGGAACAUAAAAGGGCGGAGGAGGAGAGGAGGCAGAAGGAAGAGGAGAGGAGGCGGCAAGAGGAGGAGCGGAGAAAGGUGGAGGCAGAGAGAAGGAAGCUAGAGCUGGAGAGGAAAAGACUGGAAGAAGAGAAAAAGAGAUUUGAGGAAGAGAGGAGGAGGCAGGAGGAAGAGAGAAGGAGGCAAGAGGAAGAGAACAGAAGGAAGAAGGAGGAGGAGCAGGAGCUGGAGAGGGAGGAGGAGGAGAGAAGACGUCAGCGGGCUCAGAUAGCUGCUGUCAGGGAUGCAGAGGAGCGGAGGAGACAGGAAGAGGAGCGGAGGAGACAGGAAGAGGAGCGGAGGAGACAGGAGGAGGAGCGGAGGAGGCUGGAAGAGGAGAAGAAGAGACAGGAAGAGGAGAGACGGCGAGAGGAGGACAGGAGGAGAAAGCAACAGGAGGAGGAGGCCGUGGCCAGACAGCGGGAGGAAGAGGCCCGGCAGCAAAAGCAGCAGCAGCAGCACAAUUUAGGCAAGACAGACAUUCAUGAGAAGCUGUCGGCCCUGAUCAGGGGCCUAGAGGAGCGAAAAGGGAAUUUGAGACCCGUCAAGUCAACACACAGGAAAUCGGCCUCCCUGACAACCUACAGAGCCCUGUACCCCUUCACAGCACGGAACGCGGACGAGCUCACCUUUGACACGGACAGCUUGAUUGAGGUGGACGAGAAGACGGAAGGCGAGCAGGGCUGGCUGUAUGGCAGCUACCAGGGCAAGAUGGGCUGGUUCCCUGAGAGCUACGUCGAGAAGCACAGCCAACCGGAAUCUGCGGCCAGCACCAAGCAGGCUCUGAUGCCCACAACUGCAUCUACCUCAGUCUCUGCAAGCAAGGCGGAGGCUAAUUCCAGUACCUUCCCAGCAGGACAGAGCACUCCUGGGGGGGCAGGGCAGAACUCUGCCUUCACUCCCACCCACCCUCCAGGCUCUGCCUCUAUGGAGUAUGGACAGGUGGCAAGUGGCCUCCAGGUGCAAGCGCUGUGCUCCUGGACGGCCAAGACGGACAACCACCUGAACUUCUCCAAGGAUGACAUCAUCACGGUGCUGGAGCAGCAGGAAAACUGGUGGCUGGGGGAGCUGAAUGGGGUGCAGGAGGUUGCCCAAGUGACGACUGCGUACACGGCCACCGGAGCGGAGCAGCUGAGCCUGGCCCCGGGACAGCUUAUCCUCAUCCAGGGCAAGAACCCAUCUGGGUGGUGGCAAGGGGUUCUGCAGGCUAGGGGUAAAAAACGCCAGAACGGAUGGUUCCCCGCCUCCCACGUCAAGCUCUUGGGCCCCACCAGUGGGAAGUCCACACCAGCUCCAGUUCCAAUUUGCCAGGUCAUCACCACACAUCACUACAAGGCGGGCAACGAGGAUGAGAUGAGCUUCUCCAAAAGUCAACUGAUCAAUGUGCUGAACAAGGACGAUGCUGAUUGGUGGAAAGGGGAGCUGAAUGGCGUCGUCGGCUUGUUCCCCACCAAUUACGUCAAGAUGACCACGGAGUCCGAUCCCAGUCAACAAUGGUGUGCUGACCUGACCAGCCUGGACACCAUGAGUCCGCAGGAGAGGAAGCGACAGGGUUACAUCCACGAGCUCAUUGAGACGGAGGAGCGAUACAUGGCUGACCUUCAGCUGGUCCUGGAGGUGUUUUACAAGCCCAUGUCUGAGUCGGGACGCCUGACAGAUGUUGAAAUGGCCAUGAUCUUCGUCAACUGGAAGGACCUGAUUAUGUCCAACACCAAACUUCACAAGGCACUGAGGGUGAGGAAGAAAACGGGUGGCGAGAAGAUGCCGGUGCAGAUGAUUGGGGACAUCCUGGCCUCGGAGCUCUCGCACAUGCAGGCCUACAUCCGCUUCUGCAGCUGCCAGCUUAACGGUGCAGCCCUGCUGCAACAAAAGACUGACAAGGAACCCGAGUUCAAGGACUUCCUCAAGAAAAUCGCUACAGAUCACCGGUGUAAAGGUAUGCCACUGUCCAGCUUCCUGCUGAAGCCUAUGCAGAGAAUCACCCGCUAUCCACUCAUCAUAAAGAACAUUCUCGAGAACACUCCAGAGAAUCACUUGGACCAUGGACACUUGCGGGAGGCUCUGGACAGGGCCGAGGAGCUCUGUCUGCAGGUCAACGAGGGGGUCCGGGAGAAGGAGAACUCCGACAGGUUAGAGUGGAUUCAGAGCCAUGUCCAGUGUGAAGGCAUCACUGAGAACUUGAUAUUCAACUCCUUGACCAACUGCCUGGGUCCCCGAAAGCUGCUACACAGCGGCAAGGUCUAUAAAACUAAGAGCAACAAGGAGUUAUACACCUUCCUCUUCAAUGACUUCCUGCUGCUCACCCAAGCAGUGAAGCAGUUCACCUCAUCAGGGACGGAUAAGCUCUUCAGUCCCAAGUGCAACAUGCAGUUCAAGAUGUACAAGAACCCCGUGUUUCUAAAUGAAGUUCUGGUGAAGAUGCCCUCCGAUCCGUCUAGCGAUGAGCCAAUCUUCCACAUCUCCCACAUCGACCGUGUUUAUACUCUCAGGACAGAGAACAUCAAUGAGACUGCCUGGGCGCAGAAAAUCAAAGCUGCUUCAGAACAUUUCAUAGAGACUGAGAAGAAGAAGCGAGAGAAAGCUUACCAAGCUCGUUCCCUGAAAACCAGUGGCAUUGGCCGCCUGCUGGUCACUAUUUUGGAGGCCACAGAGCUCAAGCCCUGCAAGCCCAAUGGAAAGAGUAAUCCAUAUUGCGAGGUGACCAUGGGGGCACAGUGUUUCACCUCCCGGACAAUAAAUGACACAAUCAACCCCAAGUGGAACUUCAACUGUCAGUUCUUCAUUAAGGACCUGUACCAGGAUGUUCUAUGUGUCACCAUCUUCAAGAGGGACCAGUUCUCUCCCGAUGACUUCCUGGGCCGCACUGAAGUUCCUGUGGCCACCAUCAAGAAGGAGCUGGAAAACAAGGGAGCAGCGACAAGGCGCCUGCUGCUGCACGAGGUGCCGACAGGCGAGGUGUGGGUGCGCCUGGACCUGCAGCUGUUCGACCAAAAAUCUCUCAAAUGA